GUCAAGACUGGGCAGCAAAGGCAGCAUUAUGGGCUCAGCAAAGAAUGGCACAGGAACAGAUGGCGCAGUACUACCAGCAGCAGCCACAGCCGCAGGCACCGCCACAGAUGGACCACUAUCAAGUACAUCAACAACCUGGAUAUGGUGGUUUUCAACCAGCUCAGCAACAACCUCCAGUAACUGUCGACAAUCAGCAGUUUCAUCAAGAGGCUGAAGCACCACCCCUCCCUCCUGAGGAGGAGCCAGAACCACCACCACCAGGGUGGGCUGAUGUGCAUCAUGCAGAAGGCAACCAAACAGCUGAUAACAUUGAAACAGUGGCUAUGGAUGACGAAGCUGGAGAAAGCAAUGGCGCUGAGAUUGAAGGAGAAAAUAACAGAAGCCAUUUUGAACAUCAAGAAGAAAGGAAGCCUGCUAUCACACAAGAUUACAACCACCAGCCUGCAGCUCCUGUGCUUCCUGGGAUGCAAACCUUUGAUCAUAACCAUGGCUUCAAUAGGCCCCCUCCACAGCAAUUCAGCCAUGUUGCUCCCCAGCCUAUCGACUAUGGGCAUGGGCAGAGUGUUGAUUACGGCCAUCAAGGCCCUCUUGUUCCAGGUGCUCAGGUUUAUGAUUAUCAACCUCAGUAUGAUAGUCAUUAUUAUCAUCAGCAUCCUUAUGAAAUGGAACGGCAUCACGCUAGGUUUGCACCUGAACAUCCCAAACCUAAAAGCCAUCCUCCGGUUGAAUCUCUGCCUGAUUUAAACGGACUUAGUGAUGUUAAGAAAAAAGCUUUACCCAUGUGGAUAAGAGAAGGCCUUGAAAAACUGGAAAAGAAAAAGCAAAAGAAACAGGAUCAAGAAGAGGAAGAUGAUUCAAAGAAAUCCAAUGUGAAUUUAUCAACAUCUGGGUCAUCUAGCAUAGCUGGUUAUGAUCAUGGAAAAGUUGACUCUCCUGUGGGAACACCAAAGAGCAAUGAUUCUGAUGAGGUACAUGUAAAUCUCAGUGCUAAACUUUCAUUUUCAGAAAAACUACAGUUGAUAUUUUAAUGAAAAAGAAAUGUCUUUACGGUUGCAAGACCUGACGUAGAUGAAUUCUUAGCUAAAUGAUCUGAACAGUACAGGAAUAAUUGAUUAUUGGGAAUGCAAAGCUGUGUGUUGGGGUAGUGUGACUGUAUCUCCUAACUGAAAUCUCUACUAUCAUAUUUAAAAGCGGAAGUAGUCAGCAGUAACAUACAUGUACAGUGUACAUACAUGUAGAGUACCACUCAGAUUUACAUAAGCUCCUACCUCAUGGCAUGCAUCUAAACAAAAUCAAAAAACAGCAUUUAUCUGUAAAGCAUAAAAUAUCCCACUAGGAACAUGUAAGUAUUGUGAUUAUACUGUAAAGCUUCUUGGGGAACUUUUGAGAACCAAUACAGUAGUUGCUGUGUUGUACUGUAUGGAAAGUUCUGUUUAUUAUUUGCUUUCUCAAAGAGGCCAUGCACAUGCCAGCAGUAUACAAUGCUUUCUUGUGGUAUACUCAGGGCACGAUGAAAAGGCUGUCUGAUAGCCUGGGACUAGUGAAACAAUCGGUUGGGCUAGCGCUGUCUUGUCACAGGUUGCCCGACACACAAGCAUGAAGUGGACAUGAGUGAAACACUGUUGCUUGUUUUUUUUUUGUUUUCUUUUUUCCUAAUGGCAAACUUCACAUGUUGUGUUUGACACACAGUCCAUGAGAGAAAGUAAAACAAUCGAAAUGUUUAUUUCUAAGAUAGAGUAAAAUGU